AUGUUACUGGCUCUUAUACAAGGCGACAUAGUUGCCGCUCGUUGCCAUUUGUUGUCUGGCUAUAACCUAUUCAAAGAAUGGGAAGCUAUCGAUUAUGGGGGAAGCUCUAAUUGGAAAGCCCUCAAAUACUCCUUCUCUCGACUUCAUAUCGCGUUUUCUAUUUCUGCGGAUCCAAAAGAGUUCAACAAUGAUGAGCCUUUCAAUCCCCUUGAAUCUGAUGAAGAUAAAAUCAGGGUAUAUGCUGCGAAGGCUGACGAGCUGGAAAGACAUCGCUCUUACAUGAUGGUACUUCGUGGGCAAAUGGUGGAAAAUCACCCAGAAGCAGGCUUCAUGAUCAAAUCCGCGGGCUCGGCAAUGCCCCAUAGCACGCUCAUGAUCAUGAGUAAGAUGCGACUUUGGCGGGGCGACCUCCUGAGUGCCGGAGUAACCUCACCAAUGCAUCGGGAUUUGCUUGCCUUGUUCGACCUAUAUACUUUGAUCAUGUAUCUCAGGAUGUCUGUGGACAGUAGUCCGGAGCCAACCGAGAGCCUAUUUGAUGAAUAUCUGAAGUCUUUCCAACACGUCGUCCUGGUGUGCAAGAGUAUGCUACGCGAUGAUUCGAAUGAACAGCCGGCUACAUUCUGCUAUAUCAAAGAAACCAUUGCAGCUGCUCUUUUUUGGUGUGGGGUGAAGUGCCGAGACUACUUGGUCAGGGAUGAGAUCGUUUCCCUGUUGGAUUCCUGCAAAGCUGAUACACCCUGGGUCUCUGCGGCAAUGUUGGCGCUCCAUAGAGUGAUCCAAAUAGAGUCGAAUGGAGUGGAGCAGGGAGAUAUUAUACCAGCUGUCGCUCGUGUCCAGGGCAUAGAUGUGAAGGAGAUAUCGGAAGGCUCCAAAAUUCAACUGUCGUAUAGCAUAUCCCGAAAUGAACGAUGCUCGAAAGAUGAGGACAUUGUUUGGGAAAACGAAAUCUUGUUCUAUUAA